GCCAUCCACUCCAGCAAGCAUCGUUGCCUCCUUGGACACGCGCCAAUUAAGCGAGUUGGCGAGCCGGGACUCACAGCCCAACGACCCCCGAAGGACGUGCGACACCGAUAUUUGUUUACACUGUUCGCGACUAGAAGGCGCUAGGCUUGAUUCGCACAGUGAUGACGACCGCCGGAGAGGACCCCGACCAGCGACCUUACUAUGUCGACUUCGACGGCUAUCGCCUUUCUUGCGCGUUCCACGCGGAUCUGCUCAAGUCGGCGCUGGAGUACCAGCCCAGGUCAGAUGACGUGUUCGUCGUCACUUUUCCCAAGUGCGGCACGACGUGGGUGCAACACAUCGCAUACCUGAUUUACAACGAUGGCCAGAAACCAAAGGAUGGUCUAGACUUCCUCAAGAAUAGCCCGUUUCUCGAGAUGACCGGAGUCGGUUGCCUGUUGGCUAUGAAGAGGCCUGGGAUCAUCAAGUCCCAUCUUCCGUACUCCAUGAUGCCUAAGUCUCCCGAAGCAAAGUACAUCUACGUGUGCCGCAACCCUAAAGACUGUGUGACGUCUUUCUACUACCACACCAAAGGAUUUCCAGGCUACGAAUUCACCCGCGGCACGUUCUCAACAUUCUUUGACAUCUUCUGCGAGGGCCAGACGGACUUCGGUGACUACUUUGAUCACGUUUUGGGAUGGUACGAACACCGCAACGACCCCAACGUUCUAUUUCUACAUUACGAAGACAUGAAGGUCCAACCACGAGAAAGCGUGCUCAAGAUCGCCAAGUUCCUUGGCCAGUCGUAUCACGACAGGUUGCUGGAGGAUGCGACCUACCUGGAGAAUGUGCUCAGGUACAGCGACGUAUCUGCAAUGAAGCAGUACACGAACGAUUCCCUGGUCCAGUUUUUCUCAAAGCCCUUGCACGCCGACGGCGAGGAUGAAGUGCCAGAGGGCCUGAAGCUCUUUCACAAGGCUACGCACGACCGACCCGGCGAAGCCAAGCUGGUCCGCAAGGGCAUCGUGGGCGAUUGGAAGUCGCACCUCACGCCAGACAUGAACGAGAGGCUAAACAGAAAGAUCCACGAGAGACUCGCAGGCACCGAGUUUAUAGAGGUCUGGAAGGGCUACGGCCUGAGUGCUUCGGGACGAGCUGGUAUGCAAGUCCGGGAUACAAGCACAAUGCUCGAACGAGAGAGGCCUUACUGUAAGGUCGUAGACGGCCACCGAAUUCCGGAUUACUUCUCCGAAGAAGUGUAUCGCAGUGGUCUUCGGUACCGGCCCGAGCCGGGAGACGUGGUCCUUGACACCUUCCCCAAGUGUGGCACCCACUGGGUCCUGGGCAUCCUGAAGGCCGCCUACCAAGUCUGCAGGGGCAUCACUCCAGGAUCCGCCUUCCUGGAGAAACUCGGGCUCGAUGCCAUCGAGAAGUGCGCCAGGCCUCGGAUCGUGAUCACGCACCUGCCGUUCCAGUUGGUGCCUUUUUCAGACGAGGCCAAGUACAUCUACGUGAUCAGAAAUCCGAAAGACUGCUGUGUGUCCUUCUACCACCACACCAAAACCGAUCCAGCCUACAAGUUCCAAGACGGCACCUUUGACGAAUACUUCGAGGUCUUCCUGGACGGGCGCAACGCCUUCGGCAGUUACUACGAGAGCCUGCGCUCGUGGUACUCCAAACGGAACGAGCCCAACGUGCUCUUCCUCACCUACGAAGGCAUGCACGCGGACGUCAGGGGAUCGGUGCUGAAGAUAACGCGCUUCAUAGACGCCGGCAUCGCCGACGAACUUGCACGGGACGAGGACAAGGUGAGGACCGUCCUAGAGAACUCGAGCUUCAGCAGCAUGAAGAAGCAGUUCGCGCUGCAGUUCGUCAGGAAAGGCACCGUGGGAGACUGGCGGAACUAUUUCUCGCCGGAGCAGUCACGAAGACUGGAGGAGAGGUUCUUUCGCGAGAUGGACGGUACGGACAUUCCGCAGCUGUGGGAAGGUGCCGGCUGGCUUUUCGACGAACCUAAGACCUGA